AGGAAGAAGAUGAGGAAGGCAAGAUGGCCACGGAGGCAGAUCAAGAUUCUGAUGACACUUGGAUUCUUGCCCUAGAGUCAGUGUUGCCAGAUUGUCUUGACGAUGAAGAGGUUAUCAACAUUACCAGAGGCAGGAUAUUGCCGGAGGAAUACAGGGCACAGAUUUGGCAUCUUUGCUUGGGUGGCGCUAGCAAGAUCUGUACCUUUUCACACUUCGAUGGAAUAUUUGACUUGCAAGAACAAAGUGUCAUAAGAGAAGAGUGUAAGAGCCUUGUGGACAAACUUGGCAAUGAGGAUGAAGACAAAGUUACUAUCUUGUGCAAUCUUGAGUCCAUCUUCACGCACUAUUGCAAGUCAAGAAACGUGAAAUUUGACAAGACUGCGUGCUGGACUGACCUGCUCCUCCCGUUACUGGCCGCCAAGAUGCCUGCUGACUCCGCGGCCUUCUGCUUCCAAGAGAUACUGGAGAGAUACGUACCUAGGGAGACACAGGCAGGGGCGCCCAUCUACCAUUUACUGAGGCUGCUGCUGCUCUACCACGACCCAGAGCUCUCCACCUUCUUGGACUCCAGAAAGAUCAACCCGGAUUUAUAUGCUACCAAGUGGAUUAAAAGCCUGUUCGCCUCCAGCUGUGAUUUGGAGGCCGUAUCUGCAGUGUGGGAUGUUUACCUCACUGAAAAGGAUCCAUUUUUCAUCCUAUUUUUGGCCCUCGUCAUCCUAGUCAACGCCAGAGAGCAGAUCUUGGCCAUGGAGAAGGAGAACAGAGCGGUAAUAAUUCAGCAGUUGGCAACAGUUCCCGCCAAUUUGAGGGUCCAAGAUGUGCGAGAUUUCUGCGCUCUUGCGAGAUUUUACGUGCUUAGAACCCCAAGGACCUACAGAACGGACUACGAGAGAGAAAUCUUCGGUUCAGUCUUCCUUGGAGGAGAGAAGAAGAAGAAGAAGAAGAAGAAGAAGAAGAAGAAGAAGGAGGAGGAGGAGGAGGAGGAGGAGAAGACGUGGCCACAAGAAGAGGAGGAGGAAGAAGAGGAGGAGGAAGAAGAAGAUUUACCUCUCUCUCAGUCUCUCUGUCUCUCUGUCUCAGCGGAGGAAAUAUUGGAGAUGUCUCACUUCGUUGCUGAUGAUGACUAUGAUCAGGUUCGGUUCUUCCUGGUGGAUUGCCGCCCUCCUGAUCACUACAACAGCGGCCACCUCACUAAUUCAUUCCACUUAGAUGCCACUCUUAUGCUGCACCACCCACCGCAGUUCACCACAGCGGUACAAGGGCUUCUACUGUCCCAAAGAUGCGCUGUUCUGAGUGGCGUGGCAGGCGAGCAUCUCUGUUUUAUCGGGGCGGGCAGGGAGCAGUCCGACAGUGACCUCAAUAUGGUACUCUCCUACUUCCUGCAAAGGGGAGAGAAGCUUGUGUCCGUGGCCAAGGGAGGCUAUGCUGCGCUCCACCAAUGCCUAGGCUCAGAUUUGGCACUCUUGUCUGAUCACAACGCUAAACAGUGCUUGGUGUGCAGUCCAGCCCUCUCGAAGGCUGUCCACCAAUCAGCGCCCACCUCUCAGCCUGGCGAUCUCUCAGCCAAUGGGAGCGCAGUGUUUCAGCCUCAGACGUCCACCUCUGGGCUGACCAAUCGCCUGGCUUCCUUCUCCAGUGUCUUCAAGAGCAGAUCCACGGAGAUGCGAGAGAAGCUAUUUGACUACAUUACAAACCCAAAUGGUCUUGAACAAACUACUAUUACACGUCACAUUAGUAGUGGGGACCGAGGCAAGCUGUACAGGCAAGGAGACGUCUUUAGCAUUGAAGAUGAAGACGAUAAUUUAAGUAAUUUUAAGGGAUUUUGGGAGGCGGGACAGUUGGUUCAGAGCGAGCAGUUGGUUCAGAGCGAGGACAGUUGGUUCAGAGCGAGCGGGAGGCGGGACAGUUGGUUCAGAGCGAGCUGGAGACGGGACAGUUGGUUCAGAGCGAGUUGGUUCAGUUGGUUCAGAGCGAGCGAGGCGGGACAGUUGGUUCAGAGCGAGCGGGAGGCGGGACAGUUGGUUCAGAGCGAGCGGGAGACGGGACAGUUGGUUCAGAGCGAGCGGGAGGCGGGACAGUUGGUUCAGAGCGAGCGGGAGGCGGGACAGUUGGUUCAGAGCGAGCGGGUUGGUUCAGGCGGGACAGUUGGUUCAGAGCGAGCGGGAGGCGGGACAGUUGGUUCAGAGCGAGCGGGAGGCGGGACAGUUGGUUCAGAGCGAGCGGGAGGCGGGACAGUUGGUUCAGAGCGAGCGGGUUCAGAGGCGGGACAGUUGGUUCAGAGCGAGCGGGAGGCGGGUUCACAGUUGGUUCAGAGCGAGCGGGAGGCGGGACAGUUGGUUCAGAGCGAGCGGGAGGCGGGACAGUUGGUUCAGAGCGAGCGGGAGGCGGGACAGUUGGUUCAGAGCGAGCGGGAGGCGGGACAGUUGGUUCAGAGCGAGCGAGCGGGAGGCGGGACAGUUGGUUCAGAGCGAGCAGAGCGAGGCGGUUCAGACAGUUGGUUCAGAGCGAGACGACACACAGUUGGUUCAGAGCGAGCAGUUGGUUCACACAGUUGGUUCAGAGCAGAUUUAAGUACAGUUUUCAGAGUAGAGACGACACACAGUUGGUUCAGAUAUGAAGAAGGAAGAGGAGGAGGAGGAGGAGGAGGAGGAGGAGAAGAAGCAGAAGAAAAUAUGGAAAAGAUUAAUUUGAAGGAUUUAUUGAAGAGACCUGAAGUUAUAGCCUCGUUCAAUUGCCAACAAGUGAAAGAGAAUGGAAAGGUUCUCAAGAGCGUUCUGGUGUUAAUGGACAAAACGUUGAUCGUUGUGAGACAAACUCCAUCCUGUGGGCGUCUUGUGGCGAGGCGAAAUUUGGCCUCUGUUGUUAAGAUUACUUCAAAAAAGAGGCAUCCGAAUUUCAUCACUUUUAAAUACGGCGCUGCUGAUGACGAUGAUGAGCUGAUAGUCUCCGAUAUGGAUAGGUUCGUCAUUCCUCACGCCAGCCACGCCACCAAGCUCAUCAAGGAACAGAUCAUCAAGGAAAUGCAAACAGAGAAACACUGAACAACACUAAACAACACAUUUGAGCCAAUUCCGCUCUAAAAACAACACAUUUGACCCAAUUCCGCUCUAAAAACAACCAAUUUGAGCCAAUUCUGCUCUAAAAACAACAUAUUUCAGCCAAUUCCGCUCUAAAAACAACACAUUUGAGCCAAUUCCGCUCUAAAAACAACACAUUUGAGCCCAUUCCGCUCUAAAACAACACAUUUGAUCCUAUUCCGCUCUAAAAACAACCAAUUUGAGCCCAUUCCGCUCUAAAAACAACACAUUUGAUCCCAUUCCGCUCUAAAACCACACAUUUGAUCCCAUUGCGCUCUAAAAACAACACAAUUUGAUCUCAUUCCGCUCUAAAACAACACAUUUGAUCCCAUUCCGCUCUAAAACAACACAUUUGAUCCCAUUCCGCUCUAAAACAACACAUUUGAUCCCAUUCCGCUCUAAAACAACACAAUUUGAUCCUAUUCCGCUCUAAAAACAACACAUUUGAUCCCAUUCCGCUCUAAAAACAACACAUUUGAUCCCAUUCCGCUCUAAAAACAACACAUUUUAUCCAAUUCUGCUCUAAAACAACUCAUUUGAUCCCAUUCCGCUCUAAAACAACACAUUUGGCCCCAUUCCGCUCUAAAACAACACAUUUGAUCCCAUUCCGCUCUAAAACAACACAUUUGAUCCAAUUCCGCUCUAAAACACCACAUUUGAUCCCAUUUCAACACAAAACAACGCAAAAACAACACAUUUGAACCCAUUCCGCUCUAAAACACCACAUUUGAUCCCAUUCCGCUCUAAAAACAACACAAUUGAUCCCAUUUUAACACAAAACAACGCAAAACAACACAAUUUUAUCCAUUUCCGCUCUAAAACAACACAUUUGGCCCCAUUCCGCUCUAAAACAACACAAUUGAUCCCAUUUCAACACAAAACAACGCAAAAACAACACAAUUUGAUCCUAUUCCGCUCUAAAAACAACACAUUUGGCCCCAUUCCGCUCUAAAAACAACACAAUUUGAUCCUAUUCCGCUCUAAAAACAACACAUUUGAGCCAAUUCCGCUCUAAAACAACACAUUUUAACCCAUUCCGCUCUAAAAACAACACAUUUGAUCCCAUUCCGCUCUAAAAACAACACAUUUGAUCCCAUUCCGCUCUAAAAACAACACAUUUGAUCCCAUUCCGCUCUAAAAACAACAUAUUUUAUCCAAUUCCGCUCUAAAAACACCACAUUUUAACCCAUUCCGCUCUAAAAACAACACACUUUGAUCCAAUUCCGCUCUAAAACACAAUUUGACCCCAUUCCGCUCUAAAAACACCACAUUUUAACCCAUUCCGCUCUAAAACACCACAUUUGAGCCAAUUCCGCUCUAAAACCACACAAUUUAAUCGCAUUUCGUUAUAGAGUUUACGAAUUUUGGCGGUGUUAAGUGAAGGCGGAUGAGCGUCGGUAGAUUUAGAAGACGGUAAAUCGCCCAAUUUUUCCCCGCUUUGAGAAAAAUAGCUAUUAAUUCAAAUUAUUAUAUAUAUAUUGUGUGUGUGUGUGUGUGUGUGUGUGU